GUGCACUGUGCGAUGUCCAUUCAGCCAGUGUCUGCAGCGCAGCGUCUAAUCCCAGUCGCCCGGUCGUCCCGAGGCGUAUUCCCACGGGGGGUGCGUACCACCGGCACGCUGGCGCUGCGCGCCAGCGUGCCCUUGCAGCUACCCAGGUCCCUCGACCGGUGCGCCCCGACUUCCGGCAGCGAUGUGAACGCAUUCUUGUUAGCUGACAGGGUUGUCAGCUUCAGGUCGCAGACGGCCAGGGAAGUUCGUUCGGAGCUCGGAGCACGCACC